GCGGCGACGGUGCGCGCGCGCACGCGCUCAUGAAACGGAGCCGUGGCUGCAAGGAGUUUUCGGACAGUCUCCUUUCUAUUUGUUAUGGUGCAUAUGAGAAUCAUGGAUACUGAAAGCUGUGAUGAGCAGCUCCAGAAUGAUGCACCGUUUCUCUGCUCUGAUCAGAGGAUGGACGCCGCGCUGGUCGACAGGCUGGUGCUGCAGCUCAACAGAGUCUACCCUCAAAUACUCAGUGACAAGGAAGCCGGCAAGUUUAGGAGUCUGAGCGUGCCCACUAAAGUGCAAUUACAUCAGCUGCUGAAGCACCUGUGUGAAAAAGGUGAAGAGUCUUGUCUUGAGUUCUACGGAGCGCUUCACAUCCAUGCUGAGGACAUCUACCGUGACCUGCCAACCAGAAUCCGACAAAGAGAGAUGGCAGACUCAAACUGGACCAACAGUCUGGCAGCUCCCCAAAAGAGUUAUGUGCUGAAUGACAAAGGACCAGGUUUCUUCUUGAGCUGUUUUAGUUUUGUGGCUGGCCUUGCUAUUCUUUAUUAUUAUGGAGAGGUCAAGACAUUGAGAUUUUCUGGAGCAUUUCUCCAAUGUUCUGCAGUCGGAAUUAGUAAAAACGCAAAGGAUGUUUUCAUUUUUUAUGCAGACGAUAGACACCAGAAAUGAUGAAGCUCCUUGGAUGUUUAAGUGCUUUGUAAAACAAAUUAUGAAAUUUACUUCUUUGCUUUGCCAAACCAAUUUAAAGCUACCCCAGUGUUGAGUUAAUUAGUAAAAUUGUCUAAUAAAUAGAUACUUUUUGUAGUUUUUUAAAGAAAUACACACCUUCAUCAAUUAAUGGCAUGCCAUGCUCUUCAUUAAAAAAUAUGACAUAUUUAAUGUAAGCAAACUGAGCCAAAAUUCAAAGAUAUUCUCUUCUUGUACGUCUAACAAAUUGAUUUUUUUCCUUACAAGGAAUUAUGAAAGUUUAAAAUAAACGUAGCAUCUCACUUAUUACCUUUCCCUGAUAAGUGAAAUAAAAGUAAUUUAUUCUUUUAGGACAUUUUUACUUUAAUAUGUUAAUAAUUUAAAUGACAUUGUUUGCAAUUUCCUUUGUGUGAUUUCCAUUUGCUUAAAAAAAAAAGGAUUGUGUAGACAUCUGCUUAUAUCUGUGCAAUUCUUUGUCAAUAUGCAAGAUUUUAUGCUUUUUUUAUCCAUAGGGAUAUUUUAGUGACAGUAACAGAGUGGACCAUAAUUGUGCUUUUUUAAAGUAACUUUAAUCUUACAGCACUGUCCAUAUAAUACAAUCAUAAGACAAACAGUAAAUCCACACCAGCUUCGUUACUUAUUUUCCAGUGCCUUCCUGUACCUUCUUGCAAAUAUUGUUGAUUACCUGUAUUGCAAGAUUGAAAUGUAUUCCUUAAAAAGACCAAAAUAACAUCAGCUGAAGUUGUAUUUCCUCCAUUUUCGUUUCUAAACCUGAGAGAUGUUCAUAAAAAUCAUUAUGCAUUUAGUUAUGAUUAAAUAGAACAAUUUAUACUGAAUGUGAAGUUAAUAAAAAAGAUCAUUGUAUCAUAUACCAGUACAGUUUUAGUCUGUGCCUGCCAUUAUUUAGUCUACUACCAAAGCAAUUACUUUGUCUGCAUCCUUAAAAUGACACUCUGAUAAUGUUAAAGCAUUUAUGCAAUUGAUUGAGCAAAAUACACUAGAGGGCACUGCUUUCUCAGUCUGUAUAGCACUGCAUGAUGCAUCGAUAAUGGAAAAUACUCCUGUGUGUUGUAUCAAUGAAUAGCAGACAACUAUCGUUACAUAAUAAUGAAAGAUUGAUUGAAUGAGUAAAGUCGGAAAAUAGAGUGCUGCAUUAAAGGGUGCUCACUUGGCAUUUAAGAGAGACCUGAACAGGAAACACACAUUUACAAACUAGAGUUGAUCCUAUGUAUUUAUUUAUUUUUGUUUAAAUUGAAACUUUUGAAGGAAAAAUUUGGAAAAAACCUCUUGAAAAUUGUUGCACUAUUUAUUCCUAAUGCUUUUAGUGUAAAUAGAGAACAGGAAGGGAGUGGAGGAACCAUGAAAUGACACAAAGUGUAAAGGGCUUUUUAAUGACCUUUGCCACUCAGAAGUGUUCCUAAAUGUGAAUGUGUAGUUGUGAGGUCCUGCAACAGGUUGGCAACCUGUCCAGGGUCCCUUCGCCCAAUAGUAGCUGGGAUAGGCUCCAACAACCCAGUGACCCCAACAGGGAUUGGAUGGGUUUUGAAAGCUGAUGUGUAAACUUUGCCUUUUACUUUAUCUGAAAAGUUUUAUCUUGUUCUGACUGACAACAUCAAAUUUCACAUUGUUUUUUCUGAGUGUUCUGGUAUGUGAGUGAAUGACUGGAAUUGAAAAAAUGAGGUUUAUUCUUAUUUGUGAAUGAAUACAAGUCUAUUUCUCGUUGAAGCGUCUUGCUUCAUCAAUCCACUUCAGCAGUUUCAACAGUUCCAGUCCAGAUAAAAUGUUGAUAUUUGGUCAUGUGAAAAUCCCUUUUUACAAUGUAAUUUAGGUAUUGGGCAAAUGUUUACAUAAAAAAUGGGUCAAACUGUGUUUAAACUUUUAUGUUUAAGCCUCUUAUCUGUGUAAAAUUCAUUAGUGCUUGCCUAAGCCCUAAUUGGGGUUUCAGUAAACAGCUCAAACAUUGUUUUCUUUGGAACAAGCAUCUCUGCUGGGCUCUGUCCUGUGUUCACUGUGACAAAUCAGCUGCUGUUGCUACACAACAAUACACUCAGGCCAGCUUCACAAAAAGAACAGCGAAUCGUGGCAAAGUAAGCCACUAUUGUAAAUACUGUUUGAAUGUGGUGUCUGUGGGACAGAUGUGUCUGUAAAGCGUGGAGCUUUGUAUCAAACGAGCCACACCUUUAUCUGCAUUUAUAAACACAGCAGACCUGACACUUCUCCUGGUCUGGGCUCUCUGAAUAAUAACAUAUCGUGCUGCAUUUCAACAAAAAGAGGGUUCUGUUUUGUGUGCAGCAGUGGAGUUGUCUCUGGUCUUUGCAGGGUCACCCUAGGACAGAUGAAGAGACAGACAGAAUGAGGUCACAGGUACUAUAGUGCAGUCUCUUUCACUCUCCUGCUUCCCCUCCACUAGCAGCAAAUGUGUUGUUGGUGAGCUGUUUCUCUCUGUUUCACUGUUUCUUUGGCUUUGCCAGUACAAGAGCAGAACAAUGAUUUUCUAGUAAAUAGUGGCUGAGGUUUGUUUAGGCUUUUUUUCUGAUGGAAACGCCUGUAAGAGUCCAGAGAAGCCACUGUACUCCCAGAUCAACUGUGAAGGUGGUGUCUGUAACAGAGAGUAGAAGACAUGCUGAAAAUAUAGAUGCCUUUAGGAUCAAACCUCAGCAAAACUGUUGUUUUUUUAAAAGAAGGAAGUUGCAAGUCUAUUUUUUCUGCAGUUCCUCCACAACCAUCAUUUAUGACUGAAGUAUUUGACCCCUUUGGGUCCUCAAAAAGAUUAUUUUCUUUGCCAGGGAUAGUCCUUUUUUUUUGGUAGUUGUUCAUGACCAGGUUCUCCGUUUUGUCAUCCUUCUGUCAUUCCUUGUGUCAGGUUUUUUUACUGUUUGUUUUGCCAUGUUGAACUUGGAUCAUUUUUGUCUUUGAGUUUCUGCCACAAGUCUUUCUCCUGUACUUGGGUCCUCCACAGCCACCAUUUCUGACAAAAACCACAACAUAACAUAAAGAACAACCUAUAACUUCAGAUAAGGAAUAAUACAACAUUUCUUUUUUUUGGUCAAAGGUGAAAAAUAAUGAAAGCAAAACAAGUUAAAGUUCAUCUGAACUUUAUCCCUUUUUUCACUUCCCAAUUUUCCAGUACAUGGGCCUCAACCGUAAAUAAUGUCAUGUGUUAUGAUUAAUUUAUGACCAGUGUGUAUCCCUGUAACCACAAUUCAACCAAAGUGUAAGGGCUGUGUUAAUAACACCCAAAAAAGCUGCAGUUUUCCGGAAAGUUCAACCGCCAGGGUUUUUGCUCAUCAUUUAGAUUCCAUCGCGCUGCAGACAAAGCCAGGAAACACAAUGUCCCUGCACGUAAACACACCCUCACAAAAAGCCUAAUCAGACGGUAGCAAUCUGCAAUUUAUGGACUGAAGCCAACUCAUUAUGGGCUGCCGAUGCACUGUCAACCACAAAUGUAUUUAUACUUCAGUCUGGAUUCUGGGAGGUUAAAUGUUAGUAAGUGAAAAGAAAAAAAAAGGGAAAUUAAUCAAAUAAAGUGAAUGAUUCAGCUGAAGAGUGAAAUGUAAGUAGAUUAUGUUUAAUCUAUUGGCCAAAAAUCAAAUAUGCUGUAUUGUAUAUAGUUUCAGUUGUUAAUUUAUAACUUUAACCAUUUAAUAUCUUCAUUAAAUGUUGCUGUCAUUAUUUUGCACAUUGAUCAUUUUGUUUAUUUUAGGUUCAUAUGUCUUUCAAAGUGGCGCACAAGUAGAGAGAAAAAAACAAAGCCAGAGCAUGCAAAAUAAAGUUCUUAAUGCAUGAUAUAAACUAAAUUUAUCUGUGUUUUAAUAAGACCCUGCCUGGAACAAAUGACACAAAAAUGACUUCUCCUCAUUGUUACUAUGACCUAACAAUGUCUUAUCCUCAGAAUCACAGUGACGGCCUGAAAACAGUGGAUAAACUAAAUAGCGUUUAUUGGAAUGAGAACUUGUUAGGAUAAAGGUUUAGUUUGUUCACGUAUCUGUGUUUUAGACAGUUACUGAAGGUCAAACAGUAAGGACCUGACAGUGUGUGUCUGUGUGUUAAAUCUCCGAUUGGGGGCAAGGGAGAGGUUUGGAGUUAGGUAUGUAGGUCAUUCUCAUCAUGCACCACCAACUAUAUUAGACAUGAUAUUCAGUGUGUGUGUUGGUUGUGGUGGGGGUAGUUGUCAAGACAGGAGGGCAGCUGAAUCUAGAAGAAAGCAACAAGAAGGAAAGGAAAAUGUGAUGAGAAUGAGAGGGCUCUGGAAGUGGAAGCAUGGGGGUCAAAGGGCCAAUGAAAAUGCAAUGACUCUCACGUGGAGGUUUACCAUCUAACGCCGGAUCUCAUAGAAAUACAAUUGGUAGAUAUUUGAAUUUUACACUCAAAUUUUUAUUUAUGGUUUAUGUGUUGAUCCUUCUUUUCCAGAGACAGGGGGGAAAAUCCCUUUUUCUACUCAAUCUGGCAGAAAUUAGGUGAUUUAGUUUGACCAUGCUAAAGUUCAUAAGCAUGCAUUUUGGCCUGUCAAAGAUCAGAGUUGAAUUUGCAUCACAACAUCUGAUCUCAUCUCCGUAUCACUCCCUUACGUUCUCACCUGAAUGACUUUGAAUGUGACUCUUUCAUUUAUUUCCAUAAUUUCUCAAAUGUUAUGGACAUAUUUUCUUUUUUUAAACACACACUUCACUCCUUUUAUUCUUGUCUGUGCUGACUAACUAAAACCCGGUGAACUCUGACCUGGUUGCCGUGGUUGCAGCAGGAGUCCAGCUGGUAACAGGCUGUUUGUGACCGUCAAUGGACGUAAUGUUAGUCAGAGGGACAUAUUUUGCUGAAGGGAAGGAUGAAGGGCACGAAAACUGAAGAUGAUUCUUAGAGCUAGAUCUGUUUUCAUUUUUCACGAGGAGGAUCCCAGCUGUGACCUACAGACAUGAGAUGGUGAUUAGUGUGCAGCUGACGGUUGUUAAAUAAAAGGUUUGGCUUCUGGUUCACUAGUUUUAGGUUGCAUGCAUGGGCCAGCAGCAAAGCCACAUCCAGCGCCUGCUUAGCUGCACUCUUCACUGGCUCAGACGUUCAUGUUCAGAGUGGCUGAGCUUCUGGGUUAAGCAUCUGGAUGGAUUUCCUGCGGAUGAAAGAAUGUAACUGGCACAGAAAAAGAAAAUGUUUACAGUUUGGGAGAUAAUGUCUGAGAAGAGAAUUACAAAAAUCAAAUAGAAAUGUGUACUCUGUGCUUUCUCCCAAAAGGACAAGGCAGCCUGUUGAUGAGGCCAGAACUCAUUUUGUGCUUCCUGUUCACUGAUGUUCAGGAUCUUGUUGCCAGCACAAUACGCAGUCAUUAUUAAGGAGUGACUCUUGAAAAGAUAAACGUUGGUGCAGCAAAGACAAUCAUUUGCUUGUAAAAAAAAUGGAUGCAGUAAGGAAUAAAAACAAAUAGCUGCAAAUAAAAAUGAUUUUGUUCGUUUUUAAUCUAUCCUUUGAUGAUUGUGUGGGUCACUUCUUCAAGGCUGCUCUGGAUUCUCUGUUACACAAUUUGUUGACGUUACAAAUCAACGCAGUGGUGACAGGCUGUUUUUGCCAGUAAUCAUGCUGCGUCUGCACACUAGACAACUGACAUUUCAGUCAAGUCUCAGUAACGUCAAACUUUAUGAUUGCAACCUUGCAAGAAUAGAAAAAGGAAAUUCUGAAAGAAAUAUAUUGCAAUCAGUUUUGUUCUACGUAUGAAGUAGAUGGUAAAAAGUUCUGAUUACUCAUUUUGUAUAUUAUUGCAUAAGAAAGGUCAUCAAAGAUGGAACUCUUCUUUUUUGACCAAAUUGAUUCUUGUGAGGGUGAGGAUUAUGUAAGAAAUGCUUAGCCUGUGUUUGUGUGUUCAUGCCAGGGCAGUGGACUCUGGUCCAUUACAAAUAAAUCCCAGGCAGGCUCAGAGGAUGCUUUGACUGACAAAAACAAUUUGCCCUUUUGAAAACAUAAAAACAACAAAGUUUCAAUGUAAGCAUUGUUGCUAAAUGAACACACACUGUGGCUCUCUAGGAAACUGCUUGAUAGCAGCAGAGCAGUCAAGGCCAGAGCACCAGCAAAUUCUGAGGAUUCAAUAAUCAGCAGCUUCCUUAGAAGCUGACACCCCGCCCCCUUUCUUUUCUCAACCCUGCAGCUGCAGAGAACAUAGCUUGUCAGAGGCUAACCAGACCCUUGAGUUACUAAGAACUGUCCUUCCUCUUCUGCAGAGACAAAAGAAAAGAAAAAACAGAUGCACCAUAUAAUUUGCCACAAAACAAACUACAUUUGAGUUUAAAUGUCUUUAUGAUGUUAACAAUCCACUAGUGGUAAAAUUGAUGCUUAAGGGGAAGUAAGAACCAAGCAAAAUGAGGGUUUAUUGCAGCCAGACAAAAACUGUGAUGAAGCCAUCAGUUUUUAAAUGUACCAGCGCCAGCCACAAGACACUGCAUCUUAAUGAAUGGCUUGUGUAAUACCAAGACCUGCAUCUGUCAGAAAGACAGUCCUACAAGAGGCAUACAACAAAACCUCACUAAGUUUCUCUAAAUAUUCUGUUGCCCUGAAAAGCACUGGAGAGUCCUUGUGACUGUGAUUUGGACCAAAUGCCACAAAUGGCACACUGUCAUGACAUGUCUGGGUCAGCUAUUCUGUUCCCUCACACAGGCCUUUCAAAGAGAGCCCUUUAUCCCCAAGUCAACAGACCACAGUCAGAUAAUGUGCAUAGUCAGAUGACAGGUUGAAAACAUGGAGUCACUGUGUCUAGAACCCUGGCAGCUGACUUUACUCCCCCAAAAAUUAUCAACAAAUAUUGUUUAACAAGUAACUUACUGUCAUGUACUUUGAAAACACAUGGACGCCCACAGCACACAUGGAAACCAGACCUGUCAUACUCUGUAAACACGUAUUAGGUUGCGAUGACCAAAUAUACUGAAAGAAUGUUUUAAUUUAAAGCAAUAUAACGUAAUCAACCAAAGCCCCACAUUUUAAUAAAUAACUAGUCAAAAUUUAGCUGACAGAUUUUUUUUUAAUGUAAAUGAACAUCCAACAGGUGUGCAUGUAUUCAGACUUUUACAGAGAAUAUAUAUGACCUUUGCUGGUAUUUGAAAUUCAUGCAUAAACACAAAUGACAUGCUUUUGCUAAGUGUGUCUGAUGUGUUUCUGAGUUUUCUGAGCUUCAUUUUGUGAUGAAUUGAGGUUUUUAUCAGUCGGACUCAUGAGAAAACUAACAUGGAAGAGAGAUCAGGAGUUAGAUGAGAAGAGGCGGGCAGGCUAGGUCAAGAUAAAACUGUUGUUUGAACAAGUAUGAACUCUCUGCUGUGCCUGACAGUGGAAUAACACAGAUGGAUUCAUUCAAUAAUAUUCAACAGGAGCAGCUUUCUGUAGUAUCUUAUCAUAUAUCAGCAAUCUUCCUGGGGCCAUGUGAAGGAGGAAAGGUUUGGGGUGUUUAAUAUAUGACUUUAAAAACAAUAGAUGAUAACUAAGAAGUACAAACAAUUUUAAAUUUUUUAACUUAAAUAUCCUUUUCCCACGUUGUCAUGCUGAUUGCUGCACCACAAGAUAGCAUGCAGGUCAAUACGAGGCAGCAGUGGUUGUGUUCCUAUGAAUUCAGCCUCUGGCAGGGAGAACCGGCUCUUCAAAGCAACCAUGCAAGACAGUGUAGUCAUUUAUUAUCGAGUUAAUUGAACUAGCUGUUGAAAAAAUCUAAUUAUAGAUAACUGCAUGCAUUUCCUUGCUUUUUUCCCAGUAACACAUAAGCACUUCUUUGCUUUCCAUCCAUCAUGUUGCAUCAGCAGCCCCCUUUUCUCACUCACCUCAAACUCUCUGGCCCUCAUCCAGAUCGGAAUUGACUCAACUGUAAAUCUAAUUUCCAUGAUUCUCCGUAGAGCUUUUACUUUUACAGCAUCAUGUAGAGCAAAGCAAACAGUGCUUCAGAGUGUGGUCCCUCCCCUUCUGCUGUUCAAACAAUGAAACAUUUUUUUAGUACAAAAUACAGUAAAACAGAUCUGAUCAUUUUACAAAAGCUCAAAAGUAGAAAACCAUUCCAGUUCUGUAAGGAAAUCUGAUUCAAAAUCAGAUUGCUUUUAAAUUCCAGCAUAAAAAACAUUCUAAAAUUAAAAGCUUGCGAAAAGUCUGAACAUGAGAUCUUGACAAGGCAACAAUUGAUUACUUUCUUAUAGAUUCAUGCUGGUGGAAGGCACAUUAUAAAUGAGAUCAAUUGCCGGUUUUAUUGAGCGUAAGGGUAUUACAUUUAGCAUUUGCUGGCAGGGCUUUGACAAUCAGAGGAAAAUGCCUCUAGCAACCAGGGCCUCCCUUCCUCCCUCCAUGUUCUGCAAUCAAAAACACACACAUGCAUGUUCAAACAAAUGGUGCUAUUAGGACUGCAACUGUGAAGAUGACACGGGAAGUCCAUUUUGUUGCUGUGUAAAAGAGAUGCUGCACACACUCUGUCACAUUUUUUAUUUACUGUUUAUUGUUAAAUGAAAACUUUAUCCGCCACAUAAACCAUGGCCCUGGAUGUUAUAUUGAUUCUAGCAGUAAGGGCAGUGCGGAAUCAGCAUUUAAAAAAGAUCACCAAGUUGCCAAAAGAUCAUUUGGUUCUCAGAUGAAUCAGUAUGACCUGUAUCUCUGCAAAAAAAAAAAAACACUUAGACAGCUGCUAAAAACCUUUCCAUGGAUUGACAAGUCUUCAAAUAGUCACAAACUCAUUAAAUAUGACUUCUGCCAUGUUGUUCCUCUUUAUGAUACCAAACCCCGAAGAAGUGGCUAUUUGAGAAUCGAAAACAGUAAGCAAAAACUUUGACAUUUCCAAUUCAACAACACUGGCUGCAUGUCUGUUUGUUUUUAACUUUAAUUUUCAUCUUUAGCUAACCACUUCCUAUUUGACAGAUGGCAAACAUUAUCCAAAA